AUGAAGGUAGAAACCUGCUGCUAUUCCGGCUACAAGAUUUACCCCGGCCAUGGAAAGAGGUCCGUGAAGGUCGACGGAAAGGUCCAAAUUUUCCUGAACGGCAAGUCCCAACGAGGAACGGCCCUCAAGCGCAACCCCCGUGAGGUCACAUGGACCGUCCUUUACCGAAGGAAGAACAGGAAGGGAGCCCACGGUGAGGAGAGCCAACAAAAGAAGAAGACCAAGAAGACGGUCACCACGAUCACCCGCGGUAUCGGAAGUUUGACACUGGACGCCCUGCUCGCCAAGCGCAAUCAGAAGCCCGAGUUCAGGAAGGCUCAGCGAGAACAAGCCGUCAAGGAGGCCAAGGACGCCGCCGCCAAGAAGAAGGCCGCAAACAAGGAAAAGAAGGCUGCGCAACCCAAGACCGCUCAACAGAAGGCCCCCAAGGCCGUCAAGACCCAGCAGCCCCGCGUCGGAGGCAAGCGA